ACGACUUUCCUGUUGAGAAAACCGAGCACUCGAAAAACCUUGUUUUCCCCCAAGCUUGUCAGUCUAUCGCAGACAGGGAGCGUCGAACAUGAUGAAAGCGGCUUUCGUAUUGCUUCUUUUGAUUCUUACGGCAUCAGUUUUUGCAAAGAAAUCAGGCGAUGUUACAGAUUUGCAAAUCGGUGUGAAGUAUAAGCCAGAAUCUUGUGACAUUCAGGCUCACAAAGGUGACAAAGUGAAAGUACACUAUCGGGGGAAACUCACAGAUGGAACUGUUUUUGAUUCCAGUUUUGAAAGGGGUGACCCAAUUGAGUUUGAACUUGGUAGUGGCCAAGUAAUUAAAGGAUGGGACCAAGGAUUGUUGGGGAUGUGUGUGGGUGAGAAGCGAAAGCUGAAAAUACCUGCAAAACUUGGUUAUGGGGCCCAGGGGUCUCCUCCUAAGAUCCCAGGUGGAGCAACACUUAUCUUUGACACCGAGCUUGUUGCUGUGAAUGGAAAAGCAUCAAGCGGAGCCAAAGCAGAUGACAGUGAGCUAUAAACAGAGGAACAGUUACUUUUUCUUUUCUCCUUUCCCUAGUUGCUUAAUUUGGUAGACCAAGACAUUUUGUUUCAGUAACUUGCACACUGGACUGGAUAUUUGGUUUUUUAUCUCAAUAAAAGGGUUUAUGACUGAGAGACUACAUGCAUUGAAUGAUA